ACAGAUUAUGUGCUCGUGGUCGUGGGCAUCAGAGGGUCAAAACGGAUUCGGACUCGGCGUCUCCGUGUCUUGAUCUGACAAGGAAACACUAGGCACAUGUAUGUAUGUCUUGCAAAUCCUUCACGGGACAAAUCUUUUUCACCUUGCGCUAUGCUCCAUCGGCACAGCCAAAGAAGCUCUAGGCUCUCGACGAUGGAGCACAUACAGGACCUGGUCGUCCGCCACGACGCCGGGGACAGCUUCGCCUUAGCGGCCUCCGCUUGCGACGGCGCCAUCCGCCUGCGCGCCUCGGGGCGGCGCACACUGAUCGCGGACCACCACGAGCACCAGCUGCACAUCCACCUCGUCGUGGUCCUCGGGCACGAGGCCCGUCGCGAGCUCAGGGCCAACAAGUCCGGGAGCGUCGCGGAGUUCCUGGCCAUGGGACCGGGCAGGCGGGCCAGCGCGGUGGGGCGCGUCGUGGGGAGGGCGCGGUUCCCGCCGGGAUGCGCGGGCGGCGUGGCGCGGUUCUGCGAGCUAGCGGGGCGCGCGGCGCACGGGAGGAGGUGCGACGACGUGCUGGUGACCGUGGACUGGACGCCGGCGUUAGCACGGGCGUGGCGCGAGUGCGGAGAGGUGGCGGGUGAGGGCGCCGGAGCCGGUCGGUUGCAGUUUGCGCGGGGGUUGUGCAAGUAUGCCCUCGUCCACUUUGGAUUGCUUGAUUGAGGGAAGCUACUGACAACAAGAAAAACUAAGCAGCGAUGGCCUAUUUGGCAUUAGCUCACAGCCUCACAUCAUACAGAACAUUCUAGUUCCAGAAACAGAUGAGGCAUUAUAAGAAGUGGUGAUUGAUGC